GUCAAAUAUUUCCUAGCAGGUGUAAUCGUUUGUGAUAAUUAACAACACCUACGUGUGUGCACGAAGGUUUCAUUUCAUUUCUUAUAUGAAUUCAGCGAACAACUAGAAUUCACAACCUUAAAAAGUCGGUAUUGGGUUAGGACUAAAGUAAUUUCACGAGGAGUAACGUAACGAGAUGCCCGGACCAGGACCCUGCCGGCCCCCGCCGCUGUUUCAGCCUCCGGAAAGUUUCCUCUCUCUUUCCUCCGUCUCCUCCUAACUGUUAAAACCGUGGGCGGAGAAGGAGCCGGGGAACACCAGCUUUUUCAUGCAGCAGGGUAAAGGAUGCCUCACCGAUAGAUAGCCAAGCCUAAUGACGCAACGGGUUUACUCAAUCCAGCAGAAUAUUGUGAGGGACAGGAUUAUACAUGCAGGGUUUCCUAUGACCAAAAGCAGACUGAGGACUCAGAAACUUACAGAUAUAACGUGACAGUUCCUUCACAUCCACUUUUAAGGAAACGACCUUCUCCUCCGCACACCAGCUGAGCCACCGAUGCAAACUUGAAUCAUGACAUUGAUUGCGUUACUGUUUUUACCCUGUGUUUUCAGUGCACACACGCGCAUGUUAGUCCCUGGAUAUGAAGGAGCCACAGACACGCACAGAGAGAGCCGCAAAGUUCUGACGACAACAGACAAAGAAUGUAAAUUCCCAUUUCGUCAGGGUGGCAGGCUUCACCAUCACUGCAUCACGGUCCUGUCGUCACAACCAUGGUGCUCUCUCACUCAUAAUUUUGAUCGGGACCGAAAGUGGGGCUACUGUGCACCAGAGAAAAGUCAACCAAAUGUUUCUGACCACACACCUCGCAGAAUUACAGACCCUUGUCAAGUGAAUCCGUGUCAGAAUGGAGGUGUCUGCAAGUUGAUUCCACACAUGCGCACAUUUGAGUGCUCGUGUCCUGAUGGCUUCUCUGGAAGACUGUGUGAUCAAAAGAGGGGCUAUGAAACCGCACACCUGCGCUAUUAUGACAUUGGAGAAUCUUGGGGACGAAUUCAUCUCCGCAAUGUGGAACAGUGCACAUGUGUGGCAGGGGAAAUCAAGUGUGAAAGAGUCCGAUACACAAUGUGUCGUAAAAACCCUUGUUUCAAUGAUGGAGUGUGUCGACUAAUCACAUCCACCAACAAGGAGGUGUGUAACUGCAGGCAUGGCUUUGGCGGCUCAGACUGUAGUGUUGAGCCAGAGGCAGAGUGCUAUAACGGCAGGGGGAAGGGUUACAGAGGACUGGGGAACACCACGGUGUCUGGCACCCGGUGUCUGUCGUGGAACUCGGACCUGCUUCAUGAUGAGCUCCAUGUUGGCACGGUGGUUGCAUCGCCCCUCAGGGGACUUGGCGAGCAUGCUUACUGCAGAAACCCAGAUGGGGACAAGAUGCCGUGGUGCUACACACUCGCUGACGAUGCCAUCUCCUGGGAAUACUGUGACAUCCCCUCCUGUGUGAUGCCUGUGUCUUCUUCUCGAAGGAUUAUCCCCUUUAAAAAGCCUAACGCUACCAAGAAGCCUGUGUGUGGAAAAAAGCACAAAAAGAGGUUGUCGAUAGCAAGGGGGCGGAUAUUGGGUGGAACUUCAUCGUUGCCGGGUACUCACCCCUGGAUGGCAGCGAUUUACAUUGGAAAAUCUGACUUCUGUGCUGGUACACUGAUAUCCUCGUGUUGGGUCAUCUCUGCGGCGCACUGCUUCUUCCGCAACCCACUGAAGUCUCAGCUUCGCGUGGUUCUCGGCCAGCAGAGGUUCAACGUAACCGGUCUCAAUACCAGGACGUUUGAAGUGGAACAAUACAUCUUUCCGAAAGAGUUCUCUGUGUUUAAUCCCACUCUACAUGACAUUGGUAAUCACUCAUUUCACACACGACUCGUGCAAACCAAGGGGCAUCUUGCCCAUAUUCAGAAACACACAAAUUUGCUUAAGACCUGA